UAUCUCUGAUUCAUCUUCCUGCCCCCCUUUUUCUUCUGUCUGUCAUUUUUCUCUGCUUUUCUUAUGAUUGGGAACAAAUAAAUACUUAAUCUUCAGUAAAAUAUUCUGGAUUUUUUUCAGUGACUAAUUUGAUUUUUCUGCUGUAACCCCAAUUCAAAAAGAUGGGUUCUUUUGAUGAUACUGCUUGGGAUCUACCCCUUGAUUAUUUCAUUGAUGAUGUUGCUUCCCCUAAUUUUUCUUGGGUUGAUCCCAGUUCCAGCAUCGAAAUUGACUUUUCAAGGACAGGAAGUAUGAUACAAGAACAAGAAUCUGAGAGGCAAAGACCCAAGAAAAGUUCUUGCAUAGAAAUCGACUUUUCACAGACAAGUAGUGCUUUCCAAGAACAAGAAUCUGAGUUGGAAUGCCCUAAGAAAAGGGGACGUUCUGCUGUCCACUGCAAUACAAAGACUAAAGCAUGCCGUGAGAGAGAAAGACGGGAAAAGUUGAAUGACAGCUUUUUAAACCUGAGCUCGGUUUUGGAACCUGGAAGGGCUGCCAAAGCUGACAAAUUGGCUUUAUUAUCUGAUGCUAUAAGAAUUGUGAAGCAGUUGAGGAUCGAAAAUCAGGAGGUUAAAGAUGAGAAUAAAAAGCUGCAAGAGGAAAUUGAAAGUUUAAAGGCCGAAAAGAAUGAACUUCGUGAUGAGAAAUCGACAUUGAGGGCAGAAAAAGAAAAGAUGGAACUGCAUAUGAAAGCAAUGUCUGGCAUGCCUGGUCCUGGAAUGAUUCCUCCUUAUCCACCGGCCUAUCAAGCUGGACCAAAUAAGAUGGCUGUUUACCCUGGUUAUGGUAUGUACCCUAUGUGGCAUUAUCUACCACCGGCUACUCGUGAUACUUCUCGUGACCAUGAACUCAGGCCUCCUGCUGCUUAAGUGGAUGUGCAAGAUUUCUUCUCAACAGGAAUUCUGCGACAUUUGUCUCAAGUUUUGUCUUUCUUUAUUUGAAUGUAUAUAAUGUUGGUGAACCUGUUUCUUAAUUUAGAUUGGAAUAGCCAGAGGCUCAUGGCUUAAACGCCGUAGAGUGUCGCUAGACUAUGUAAGUACACUAAUUAAGACUCCUAUUGUUUAUUUCCUGUGUGUUUUUUUUAUUUCGUAUGAAUGUAAUCCUGCUGUUUUUACUCUG